GACGUCGCACACCUUUCACGAAACCAGAUUGACGUUUUCCGCGAAAGAGUAAGCAUCGAAGAAACUUGGUACAUAGAAAUGGCUUCAAUGAACCUCGUAGCAUGCUUGGCACUUGCAACUGUGGUGGCCGGCAGCGUACUCUCGAAUCAACGAGGACCUGCAGACGCCUUUCGGGUGAUGGACGUGUUCGAUCGAGCAGUGAGCAUUUACACUUCCAUCAACGACACCGAUAUGAAGUGUGCGACUGCCUUUCGGAAAUACUUGGAUCUUGAACUGAAGAAGUGCACCUACGUCUGGGAACUGAAAGGGCAUGGUGGUUCUGCCAAAAGAAACGCUACGUUUGAUUUGGAAGAAGGAGAUGCCAUUGACAAGCUUAACUACUUCAUCAACAAUGAUCGGACGCACCCUUACAGUGCCCACGUCAUCUACAGCGACUACAACGCAUGUGUUGUCCUUCAAAUGUCUUUCUUAGGUCACGAACAAUGCAUGCUGUGGGUGAAGCCCGCCUUCGUCGAUGAUAUUCCUCGGCACUGCCGUAAAAACUACAAGCGAAAGUGCAGCGUUAGAUAUCCUACGUACGAUAGUGAACUGUGUAAGGAAAACUAAUAAAAGCAGCAUGUUGUCGAAGCAA